AGACCCACACGGACCUAGGCUCACCCUGCGCGCACGCGCGGUCCCGAGUCCCCGCCCCUCCGGCCUCGCUGUCGGGGGCGGGGCGUCUCUGGGGGCGGGUCCUGCGGCACCGCCCGGGAAGCUGCGCGGGGCUCGGCAGCUACUGCCACAUCCUCCUCCUCCUCUUGGUCCAGGCGGGCGGAGCGGGACCAGGGCCAAGCGGAGGACCCUGACGGCGCGGGCGGAGCGGAGCGCCGAGCCAUGGCGCACCAGACGGGCAUCCACGCUACUGAGGAGCUGAAGGAGUUCUUUGCCAAGGCACGGGCUGGCUCUGUCCGGCUCAUCAAAGUUGUCAUUGAGGACGAGCAGCUCGUGCUGGGUGCCUCACAGGAGCCGGUUGGCCGCUGGGACCAGGACUAUGACAGGGCUGUGCUGCCGCUGCUGGAUGCCCAGCAGCCCUGCUACCUGCUCUUCCGCCUCGACUCACAGAAUGCUCAGGGCUUCGAGUGGCUCUUCCUCGCCUGGUCACCUGAUAAUUCCCCCGUGCGGCUGAAGAUGCUGUAUGCAGCCACACGGGCCACGGUGAAAAAGGAGUUUGGGGGCGGCCACAUCAAGGAUGAGCUCUUCGGGACAGUGAAGGACGACCUCUCCUUUGCUGGGUACCAGAAGCACCUGUCAUCCUGUGCAGCACCUGCCCCCCUGACCUCGGCUGAGAGAGAGCUUCAGCAGAUCCGUAUCAACGAGGUGAAGACAGAGAUCAGUGUGGAAAGCAAGCACCAGACCCUGCAGGGCCUUGCCUUCCCUCUGCAGCCUGAGGCCCAGCGGGCACUUCAGCAGCUCAAGCAGAAGCUGAUCAACUACAUCCAGCUGAAGCUGGACCUGGAGCGGGAGACCAUCGAGCUGGUGCACACAGAGCCUACGGAUGUGGCCCAGCUGCCCUCACGGGUGCCCCGAGAUGCUGCCCGCUACCACUUCUUCCUCUACAAGCACACCCAUGAGGGUGACCCCCUCGAGUCUGUGGUGUUCAUCUACUCCAUGCCGGGGUACAAGUGCAGCAUCAAGGAGCGCAUGCUCUACUCCAGCUGCAAGAGCCGCCUCCUUGACUCCGUGGAGCAGGACUUCCAGCUGGAGAUCUCCAAGAAGGGCUCUUGCCGCAGCGCCCUGCACCCACUGUCUCUCCUGGUGCAGGCCAUGGCGCUGGCUGUGGCCCUGGCUCUAGGUACCCUGCCUGCCUUUCUACCCUGUGAGCUGCAGCCCCAUGGCCUGGUGAACUGCAAUUGGCUAUUCCUGAAGUCUGUGCCCCACUUCUCCGCGGCAGCACCCCGUGGCAACGUCACCAGCCUUUCCUUGAGCUCCAACCGUAUCCACCACCUCCGAGACUCUGACUUUGCCCACCUGUCCAGCCUGCGGCAUCUCAACCUCAAAUGGAACUGCCCGCCGGUUGGUCUCAGCCCCAUGCACUUCCCCUGCCACAUGACCAUUGAGCCCAACACCUUCCUGGCCGUGCCCACCCUGGAGGAGCUGAACCUGAGCUACAACAGCAUCACAACCGUGCCCGCCCUGCCUAAAUCGCUCAUGUCCCUGACGCUGAGCCGCACCAGCAUCCUGGUGCUAGACCCCUCCAGCCUCACUGGUCUGCCUGCCCUGCACUCCCUCUUCAUAGACGGCAACUGCUACUACAAGAAUCCCUGCGGACGGGCACUGGAGGUGGCCCCAGGUGCCCUCCUCAGCCUGGGCAACCUCACACGCCUGUCGCUCAAGUACAACAACCUCACAGGGGUGCCCCGUGACCUCCCCCCCAGCCUGGAGUAUCUGCUGUUGUCUUACAACCGCAUUGUCAAGCUGGCGCCUGGGGACCUGGCCAAUCUGACCUCCCUGCGUGUGCUUGACAUCGGGGGAAACUGCCGCCGCUGUGACCACGCCCACAAUCCCUGCAUGGAGUGCCCUCCCCACUUCCCCCAGCUGCACCCUGAUACCUUCCGCCAUCUGAGCCGUCUCGAAGGCCUAGUGUUGAAGGACAGUUCUCUCUCCAGCCUGGAUGCCAGAUGGUUCCGUGGUCUGGGCAACCUCAUAGCUCUGGACCUGAGUGAGAACUUCCUCUACGACUGCAUCACCAAAACCAAGGCCUUCCAGGGCCUGGCACAGCUGCGCAAGCUCAACCUGUCCUUCAAUUACCAUAAGAGGGUGUCUUUUGCGCACCUGCAGCUGGCGCCCUCCUUCAGGAGCCUGAUCUCACUACAGGAGUUAGACAUGCACGGCAUCUUCUUCCGUUCACUGGACGAGACCACACUACGGCCGCUGGCCCACCUGCCCACACUCCGGAUUCUACGUCUGCAGAUGAAUUUCAUCAACCAGGCCAAGCUCAGCAUCUUCAAGGCCUUCCCUGGUCUGCACUACGUGGACCUAUCAGAUAACCACAUCAGCGGAGCUUCAAAGCUGGUGGCCACCACGGGGGAGACAGGUAGUGGGGAGAAGGGCCGGCCACGGCCUGGGGACCUUGCUCCAGCCCCACUGGACACUCCCGGCUCUGAGGACUUCAUGCCCAACUGCAAUACCCUCAACUUCACCUUGGACUUGUCACGGAACAACCUGGUGAUAGUCCAGCCGGAGAUGUUUGCCCAACUCUCCCACCUCCAGUGCCUGCACCUGAACCACAACAGCAUCUCGCAGGCAGUUAAUGGCUCGCAGUUCCUGCCACUCACCAGUCUGCGGGUGCUGGACAUGUCCCACAAUAAGUUGGACCUAUACCAUGGGCGCUCAUUCACGGAGCUGCCACGGCUGGAGGCCCUGGACCUCAGCUACAACAGCCAAGCCUUUGGCAUGCAGGGCGUGGGCCACAACUUCAGUUUUGUGGCCCAACUGCCCAGGUUGCGCUACCUCAGCCUGGCACACAAUGACAUCCACAGCCGCGUGUCCCAGCAGCUCUGCAGCACCUCGCUGCGGGCUCUGGAUUUCAGCGGCAACGCCCUGGGCCAUAUGUGGGCCGAUGGAGACCUCUACCUGCACUUCUUCCGAGGCCUCAGAGGCCUGGUCUGGUUGGACUUGUCCCAGAACCGCUUGCACACCCUCCUGCCCCGCACCCUGGACAACCUCCCAAAGAGCCUGCGGCUGCUGCGUCUCCGUGACAAUUACCUGGCCUUCUUCAAAUGGAGGAACCUAGCCCUCCUGCCCAACCUGGAAGCCCUGGACUUGGCAGGAAACCAGCUGAAGGCCCUGACCAAUGGCAGCCUGCCCACUGGCACACGGCUCCGGAGGCUGGACCUCAGCAGCAACAGCAUUGGCUUCGUGGCCCCUGGCUUCUUCACCCUGGCAGUGGAGUUGCGAGAGCUCAACCUCAGCGACAAUGUCCUCAAGACAGUGGAGCCCUCUUGGUUCGGGCCGCUGGCAGGUGCUUUGAAAACCCUGGACGUGAGCGCCAACCCUCUGCACUGCGCCUGUGGGGCAGCCUUUGUGGAAUUCCUGCUGGAAGUACAGGCUGCCGUGCCCGGUCUGCCCAGCCAGGUGAAGUGUGGCAGUCCGGGCCAGCUCCAGGACCGCAGCAUCUUCGCACAGGACCUGCGCCUCUGCCUGGAUGAGGCCCUCUCCUGGAACUGUUUUGGCCUCUCGCUGCUGGUUGUGGCUCUAGGCCUGGCUGUGCCCACACUGCACCACCUUUGUGGCUGGGACCUCUGGUACUGCUUCCACUUGUGCCUGGCCUGGCUCCCCCGGCGGGGGCGGCAGACAGAGGACGCCCUGCCCUAUGAUGUCUUCGUGGUCUUCGACAAGGCGCAGGGUGCAGUGGCCGACUGGGUGUACAAUGAGCUGCGGGGACAGCUAGAGGAGCGCCGUGGGCGCCGGGCACUCCGCCUGUGCCUGGAGGAGCGUGACUGGCUGCCCGGCAGGUCGCUCUUUGAGAACCUGUGGUCUUCAGUCUACGGCAGCCGCAAGACGCUGUUUGUGCUGGCCCACACGGACCGGGUCAGUGGCCUCUUGCAUGCCAGCUUCCUGCUGGCGCAGCAGCGCCUUCUGGAGGACCACAAGGAUGUCGUGGUGCUGGUGAUCCUGAGUUCCAAUGCCCGUCGCUCCCGCUAUGUGCGGCUACGCCAGCGCCUCUGCCGCCAGAGUGUCCUCCUCUGGCCCCACCAGCCCAGCGGUCAGCGCAGCUUCUGGGCCCAGCUGGGCAUGGCCCUGACCAGGGACAACCGCCACUUCUAUAACCAGAACUUCUGCCAGGGGCCCACGGCUGAAUAGCCCCAAGCCACAGUCCUGCCCAACUGCAGCACCCUCCUCCGGUUCAUCUGGCCUCUGCUGGCCUCCUCGGCAAUUUCACUGCUGUGCCUCCCCAUCCCCAUGCCUGGCACAGAGCAGGCACCCAAUAAAUGCU